GUAGGAGUAGCCACUUGUUCAUAUACAUCAACGGUUGACAGCCACUGUUACGACUUGUGAUUGUGAACAGGUUGAAGCAAACCUCUGGCAACAAUGCCAAAUUGUAGUUGUAUUGUUAAUGUGUUCUGAUUGCUGUGAUGUACAAUGUGCACAGGUGUGGUGUGGUGUCACGGUGUUGAACCUUUUAGGGGGUUCACGUGUGGGAGUUUGAGACCACUAGCAAGUAAUAAUUAUUUCCUGUUUCUGGCAAUGUACCCGUGUUUAUUAAUACCAUCUUCAACAACACCAUGUUGACCAACUAAAACACUCAAUAUUUCUGUUAUUUGUAUUUUCCAUAAUAUAUAUGUCAUUUGAUUCUUUAUAUACUAUUUUAAACAACGCAAGUACGAAUAUGAAAUCAUAUGGCAAAUGGAAAAGCACGCAAAGCUCUCUUUCAACAUAUCUGUAUUCUUCCCUCCAAUUGAAACACCUAGAAGGCUAGGGAGGCAAUGAGAGAACUCUCACGAGAAAAGGCAAGUCCUUUCUUUUUCUUUACCAACUUUUGGUUUUUUUAAUUUUUAUUUUUAUUUAACAAGUAAAAUAUAGGGGUUUCGCGCUAAAAUAGCCAUUUUUCACAAUUUUUUUUCUUUCUAUAAUAGCUCUUGCCCCAGUGUCUCGUUGUUAUCCCUACAGUUCCCUCUAAGUUGUACCUAUGAUGCCUAUUUAAUGCACCAUUUUGGGUUUAAUUGGCACCUCAUGUAUCUUAGAAGCAAAUGUGAGCAAAUGUGUUUGCAAAUGAGUGGUCCAAGUGGCAUUGAAGUGAGCUUCCAAUACCCCCGAAAAAAAAAAAAGGUUUAAUCCUCCAAAAGAAGAAAUUAGCAUGAAAAAUACAUAUUGCUCUUUGAAAUGAGUUCCCAUUUUUAUGAAACUUCCAUAAGGAAAUCCCAUAAAAUCUACAUCAAAGCAUAGCAUAUUACUCUUGUCCAAAGCCAAUCAAUUUCUGUCUCAUUCUUCCACCAUUGUUGCUUCCAUACCAACCUGCAGAAAAAAAAAAUAUCAAAAACUCCACUAAUUCCUUUGUAUCUGAUUUGCCUUAACCCCAACACUCCACAAAACCAAUCCAUGAACCCCUCCACUACUUCACCCAACACCAACAUCCAUGUCGACUUCCCUAACAGCCACCCAAAUGAAGACCAAAAUCAACCAAACACUCCCUUACUUCACCAAUGCUGUGAUGAGCUACGCAGCUUCAGAGUGAGCCUCAAAUGGUGGACACUAGACCACUCCUCAUGCCUUGGAAAAUUCAUAUCCUACUUCACCUUCAUUUUCCUAACCAUCCUAGUCCCCAUCCUAGCCGCCUUCUCUCUCAAAUCCCCAUCCGAAGACCCCAUCUCUUUCAACAAGCUUGUCCAACUUCCCCAGUCCGGCUUAGCCGCCAUUGGCUUCAUCACUCUGUCUGGCUUCUUCAGGAAGUAUGGCCUGAGACAACUCCUCUUCCUCGACGGUCUUGGAGAUGACACUUGUUUUGUUCGUCGGGGAUACACUCGUCAGCUCGAUAAGGCCUUCAAGUGCCUAGCUUACAUACUAUUGCCUUCCUUUUUCAUUGAGCUUGCACACAAGAUCAUAUUCUUCUGCACUGUCAAAAUCUCACUGCUCCAUAUUAGCUCAAGCGUCCCGCUCAAUUCCAUAAUGUUUGUUUUGGUUUUGGCUUCUUGGGUUUAUAGGACAGGGGUGUUCUUGCUGGUUUGUGUUCUGUUUCGGUUGACUUGCGAGCUCCAAAUACUUCGAUUUCAAGGACUGCACAAGCUAUUUGAGGGGCGCGAAUCCGAAUCCAGCGUCAUAUUCCAGGAACAUAUAAGGAUAAGAAAGCAAUUAUGGGUUACGAGCCACAGGUACCGAUUCUUCAUCAUCGGAUGCAUGUUUGUCGUCACUGUGAGCCAGUUUGGGGCCUUGUUGCUGGUUUUGGCAUCCAAAACAGAGAAGACUUUUCUCAACUCUGGUGAUCUUGUGGUUUGUUCUGUUGUUGAGCUUAGUGGUUUGUUCUUGUGCCUAAUGGAGGCAGCAAGAAUAACACACAGAGCUCAAGGAAUUUCAGCGAUUGCAACAAGAUGGCACAUGCUUUUGACUUGUCCAUCUGCUGCAUUAGAUCAGCAAUGCAAAAAACAGCAGAGCUCAGAGGCUGAUGGAUGUUGUGGAGACACUGAUUCAGAAUUUUCAUCGAACGUUUUGACUUCAGUUUCUCCACAGGAGCCUUCCUCAUUCCAAACCAGGCAAGCUCUAGUGGCAUACUUGGGGCACAACAGUGGAGGGAUCACGCUAUUCGGGUUUCCGCUUGAUCGGGGAUUGCUUCACACACUGUUUGCGUUUGAGUUCUCUCUGGUGCUGUGGGUGCUCAGCAAAGUGGUUGUCUUGUCUUAAGCACAACGUUACAAGAUUGACAAUGAAGCUGCCAGCAACAUUAUUCACAAUAAGAUUGCCAGGACAAACCUCUCUGUUCUCAUCGAAAUUCGAAUUGUUUAAACGUGUUUCUUGGACUGUUUAGUGAGGAUCAUUAAUAGAGAUCAGCUUCAAAGAUUGAACAAUAAUAUAUUGAAAUGUUUUCCCAAUGAAAAA